CCAUAUGGGAAACCAAUUAGCUGACUUUGACGUUAUUUUGGCCCAACACAUCCCUAUAUAAACUCCUCCUCCCCCUUUUUCCUGUCAUUCACAUUUCACAAUACAAAAUAUUCCUCUCUCCUUGGCAUAAUUAACUACUUUCUUCUUCCUCUCAAGAUGCAGAUCUUUGUAAAGACACUCACUGGCAAGACCAUUACUCUCGAGGUUGAGAGUUCUGACACCAUUGAUAAUGUGAAGGCCAAGAUUCAAGAUAAGGAAGGAAUUCCACCCGAUCAGCAGAGGCUGAUCUUUGCUGGAAAGCAGCUUGAAGAUGGCCAAACUCUUGCAGAUUACAACAUUCAAAAGGAGUCUACCCUCCAUCUUGUCCUCCGUCUACGUGGGGGCAUGCAGAUCUUUGUUAAAACUCUAACCGGAAAGACCGUCACCCUUGAGGUCAAGAGCUCAGACACCAUCGACAACGUAAAGGCCAAGAUCCAGGACAAAGAGGGUAUCCCUCCAGACCAGCAGAGGUUGAUUUUUGCUGGAAAGCAACUUGAGGAUGGAAGGACUCUUGCAGAUUACAACAUUCAGAAAGAAUCCACCCUUCACCUUGUUCUUCGUCUUCGCGGUGGUAUGCAGAUCUUUGUGAAGACCCUUACUGGCAAGACCAUCACCCUUGAAGUUGAGAGCUCGGAUACUAUUGACAAUGUCAAGGCCAAAAUCCAAGACAAGGAGGGGAUUCCUCCGGACCAGCAGAGAUUGAUCUUUGCUGGGAAACAACUUGAGGAUGGAAGGACCCUUGCAGAUUACAACAUUCAGAAGGAAUCAACCCUUCAUUUGGUGCUCCGUCUGAGGGGUGGCAUGCAAAUCUUUGUUAAGACUUUAACAGGGAAGACUAUCACCUUGGAGGUUGAAAGUUCGGACACAAUUGACAAUGUGAAGGCCAAAAUUCAAGACAAGGAAGGUAUUCCCCCGGACCAGCAGCGUUUGAUAUUUGCGGGCAAGCAACUAGAAGAUGGAAGAACACUUGCUGACUAUAACAUACAGAAGGAGUCGACACUUCAUCUGGUGUUGCGUUUGAGGGGAGGCAAAAAUUCAAGACAAGGAAGGGAUCCCACCAGAUCAGCAGUGCAGAGGCUUAUUUUUGCUGGCAAGCAGCUGGAGGAUGGGCGCACCCUUGCUGAUUAUAAUAUCCAAAAGGAAUCCACACUUCACCUUGUGCUUCGCCUUCGUGGUGGUGACUACUGAGGAUGCAAAUGCUCUGGAGGUUUUCUAUAGCUGCCGGUGGUCUUUGUUCUGAUGGCUGUGUUUUCUAAAUAAAGAAUUGUGUAGCAAGACUUUUUCUUGGUUUUGAAGUAGUUUACUGUUGAAUGACAAACUUUAACCGGGUUUGAUUA